AUGGAAUUUAUUUCAAAUGGAUCAUCGAAUAUUGAAUUUACUGCUGAACUAACCGUGGUUAAUUGUUCAUUGAAAAAUGUAAGUCUUUCUCAAACUAUUUUUGAUUUGGAUUUAUCAUCGAAUAAAUUAAUUUCAAUACCUUCAUUAAUGAAUUUUCAAGAGAUGAAAGAAAUUGAUUUGAAAAAUAAUUUAAUUGAAGAAAUAACAAAAAAUAUUUUUAAUAAUAUGGCUAAUUUAUGGCGAAUAGAUUUAUCUAAUAAUCGAAUAAGAAAUAUUGAAUCCGAUUCAUUCGUUGGAGUAAAAUUGAUUAAAUUAGAAUUAAAUACAAAUUUAUUAACAACACUUGAAACAUUAACAAAUGAUAAUAAAAGAAUAUCAUUUUUAAAUCCAUUAAAUAAUUCAUUGGCUUUCUUUGGAAUAUCAAAUAAUUUAAUAGAUAAUCUUAAUUCAUUGAAAUAUAUGACGAAAUUAGAUAAUAUUAUAUCAUGUUGUAAUCAAAUUAAAAAAUUAGAUUCUAAUAUGUUUAGUCAAGUAAGUCAACUUGAAUGGCUCGAUUUAAGUUAUAAUAAAAUCGAAUUUAUUGAUUCAAUGGCUUUUAAUGGAAUGGUUAUACGAAAUUUAAAUUUAGCUGGAAAUCCAAUUUCAUCUAUUGAAAUGAAUUUACAAGAAAUUCAAAAUGAAACAAAUUCAAUUAUUAAUUGGAAUUAUCCACCAGAAUUACGUUUAAUUCUUAAUGGAACUCAAUUAAAUGACAAUGAUUAUUGUUUAACUAAAUUAAUUUCACAUAUAUUAAAUAAAACAACUUUAAUUAUUGAUAUUGAUCAUUCAUGUAAUUGCUUUAUUUUCAAGUUUAAAGAUUCAUUUGAUUCAGAACAACAGCCAAAUUGUAUACGAAAUGAUUCAAUUAUCAACUAG